AUGGAACCAAACACUUAUAAUGUGACAAAUGUUGUUGGGGGUGUCCCGUCGCAUUACCGGGGCGUGAGGAAGCGGAAGUGGGGGAAAUGGGUGUCGGAGAUUCGCGAGACUGGGAAGAAAUCGAGGAUUUGGUUAGGGAGUUUCGAGACAGCUGAAAUGGCGGCUGUGGCUUAUGAUACGGCGGCGUUUUAUUUACGGGGCACGUCGGCGCGACUAAAUUUCCCGCAGUGGGCCCGGGCCCUCCCCCGGCCGAGGACCUCCGGCGCCGACGACAUUCGCGCGGCGGCGCGCGAGGCGGCGCUGUUGCUCAAGGGGGCGAUGGCGGAGGACGCGCCGCCGCCGCCCCGGGCGGGAAGUUCUAGUAGUGCUAGUAACGUUGCGGCGGCGGCAGCGCCGGUGAAUGUGGGGUUGUCGGAGAGGGAAAUCCAAGCCAUUAAUGAUUCGCCGUUGGAUUCGUCGGAAAUGUGGUCGGAGAUGGCGGCGGGGUUUCGUGUUAUGGGAGAUGAUCAAUCCAUGGUUUUUCCUACUAGUGAGUAUGAAGAUGAAAUAGAUGAUUCUCUUUGGGAUCUUUAG